AUGAGACUCUCUCCGUUGCUUUUGGUCCCCUUCUUGUUCCAGGUGGCCACGGCCGUCAUCAACAUCACCACUGUUGUUACCAGUAUCACCAACACAGUCCCAACUAACCUCUGUAAUUCUUAUGUUACCUCCGGUGGUCUGGGUCUGCUUGCUUGGCUGGCUACCGCCGAUUUCUAUGCCCAAUCGACUACUGAUGUCGCUGUCUUAGGAACUGGGGUGAGAACGUACACGUACAUUGUGCAAUGGUUCUUUUCCUUCGACGAUCCAUUGGAGGCCACUGGCUUUGACGUCAGUUCAUUGACCGCCGCUGUUUCUGCGCUUACCACCGUUAAUGUGGUUGUUAACCCUACCCAGGGUGGUUUCAUUCUUUCUUACAAUGACUCUGUCACCGAUCCAAUUGUGGCCGGCGUGGAUCUUCUUGAUGGGCUUAACUGUUUCGAUUCCAUUAUUGGUUACUCCACGGACUUCACGGGUGGUCCAAAUCCUACCACCGUUAUUUUGG